UUUAAUUUGACCUUUUUAAUAUUGUAAAUAUUUAUUUAACUUUGUUUAAAACAAUUUUGUUUUGAAGCAUUUUUUUAAUUAAUUUAAUUUAUUUUAUAUGACAAUUAAUGUGGCAACGUGGUCUGACUGUCAAAUGUGCAAUGUGCAUCCUAACCUAAAAAACAUAACCAAAUAUAAACAAAGCAAACAACAAAGUUUUUUGUGGAUUUUAUUAGCAUUAAAUUUAAUUUUAACUAAGAAAAGAUAUAAAACAAUAAAUUCCGCUAUCCAAAAUGGUGUGCAAAGACACCUUGCGCAUCAAACAUCUCCCCAAAGAGCUGACCGACCAUCAAAAGGAAGAUUUCGUAAAACACUUCGGGGCCUACAAAGUGAAAAUAAUAACAUCAAAAGCGAAAUCCAAAUCGGUGGUCUAUGCGAAAUUCGAGAAUGAAGAAGUGGCCAAAAACGUCAUGUCCAGACUGCACCAGAUCACGAUCCUCAACUGUAGACUCUGUGUAGAGUUUGCAGAAACCGACAUCCUACAGGGACAACUCACCAAUCAGCGGGUCUCAGACGAACGCACCAACGUCGACGGCAAAUUGUUUAAGAGUUUUAUCAACAAGAUUCACGCCUUUAACGAUUCAGUGGGGUUUCACCAGCCACCACCCUCACAUUUAAAGUAUAACUACCCGAAAGCGAAUAGGCCCACUAUUAAUAAUAUCGCCCACGCGUUGGCUACUGUACCGCGGUUUUACACGCAAGUGUUACAUCUGAUGAACAAAAUGAAUCUUCCUCCACCUUUUGCUGUGCCCGAGCCACCUGUACGGGUGGUGGUACCCGGAGGACAAGCUCAACCAGUUGUGACUCAAAAGGUGGCAAUUCAAGAAACACCUGGAGAAAAAAGGAAGGCAACAUCCUCAGAAGAAUCAGAACUGGAGAGUGACGAAGAGACAAACAAGAGGAGCCGCGAUAUUAUUCCGGUGAGGCAAGUGGUACCAAAAAAGACCGUUAAAAGACCGAAAUUCAUCAAACAACCGCAGAAAGUGCAAAAGGACGAGCCUGCCAAGGCCGCUGAUAAGCCCGAAGAUGUUUUCGAAAUGGUACAAGUGCAACCACCGAAGAAAAUCGAGUUAAAGGUCUUACCAGAACCUGAACUAAUGACACCCGAAACAACUGAAUCUGAGAAGCUGGAAGAACCAAAAGCAGUACUUUUAGAGGUGGUGGAAAUCGCAAAACCUUUAGAAGAAUCGCCAUCAGUUAAACCUGAAGAACCCAAAAGUCCUGAAUUAAAAGCGAAAGAAACUGAGGUGGAUAAGUCGAUUGCUGCGGAUCCAGAGGUGGUUCCGGGGGACGCGUCCGAAGAUGAGUUUCCGUGCAUUUCUUUGGAGGAACUGGCCGCCAACCAGAUCACCGAUUUAACGGUGAUGCCCGUGUUUAAAAACUACAAUCCCGGCGAACCCACCAACAAGUUGUACAUCAAGAAUUGCGCUAAAACGGUGGUCGUACAGGAUCUGGAGUACAUCUUUAAUAGGUAUAGGGAGGAAAUGCAUGGAGGAAAACCCAGCGAGUUCAACAUAAGACUGAUGCAGGAGGGCAGGAUGAAGGGACAAGCGUUCGUCACUCUGGACAGUGUGGAGCAGGCACAGCGGGCCGUAAAAGAGACCAACGGAUUUAUUUUGAAGGAUAAACCGUUGGUGGUGGUGUUUGGAAAGGCCGGAAAAAAGAAAUGAUUCUGUUUUUUUCAAUAAUUUAUGGUAUUAAAAGUUUGUAUAUAGUUUCUUA